UAAGCCCGUAACGACAACUAUGCCGAUCGGCCAUUCCCGAAAAUGAAAGCUAUGGCGGAUGGGCCAGAAUGCUUUUCCCUUGGAAGUCUCGUUAGUUGUAAAACUUGCUAUGACCAGGUUAUCGAGGGAGAAGUGUUGGCCUUCGACCAGCAAACCAAGGCUCUCAUGUUAAAAUGUGCUAGCUCUAGCGGGAAAGCUAAUGUCAGCGAUAUACGCAUGGUCAACCUCAACUUCGUCUCGGAGUUGACCGUGAAGAAGGAAGCCGGCUCCAGCACGCUCACGCCUCCGCAGCCCUUGAACACAGAAAAGCUCAACACAAGAGCAAAGCAGAACAUAGAUGAACGGCAGCGUUUGGCAGCUGCCAUCUCUGCUGGUGUGUCCCAUGAUGGCAUUCGCCUUUUCCUGGCCAUACGAAAAACAAUUGAUGAUGUGACGUGGCAGGGGAAGAACAUAAUUGUGAUGAAUCAGGUUACCAUUGUGCCACCUUAUCGGCCAGAGAACUGCAAGGGGAAAUCGGACAACGACGCCAGCGUUCUGCAUGUCCGCAAGAUUGUUGAGAAGCAUCUUCGGGAUCAACAAAAACAGGGCCAAGGGACACGUCAAACCUCACCAACACAACCUUCAACGAAGGCCUAAGCUCUCCUUUCUCACACCUACCCUAAAGCCUGUCUGCCAUUGUUCUUUUUGUUUCUCUCAUUCUUUUUCUCCUUAACUUUCUUUUUUUUUUCAUUCUGUUUGCAGGUUUUGUUUGCCAUCAUAAACAGCAUUUACAAUCAAUUGCCACAAUCAUUGGAUUUUUGUUUAACCUUGAACAGCAGGCCUAAUUGUCGCGCCAGAGAAUGGCCAUGGUGAAUGUGGUGGCAUCUGGUUUGCAAAAAAGAAUACUAAAGAAAAGUUGCUUAAGAAAAUUCUUAAAUCGUAUGAUCAUGGUGGCACAGCCUGCACUGCUUCACACGGUGCUUGGCGUUUUUAGCUGUGUUGCGCAACUUAAAUUGCAUGAGACAAAAGUGACAUACUUAACAAUCACUGCAUUGAUUCUUAACCAAAGGUAUUUCAUCCCUGGCGAGUUUUCGGAAAUUUCUGUCUAAUUGUCUUGUUGCUGCAUGUGCCGACAACACUUAAGCAUGUUCUUGCGAAAUGUACCAAUGGUGUUUGAAUGGAUUUUGUUUCUUAACAAUAACAAGCUACAUCUGUUUUUAAUGAACUUACCAUUGUAAAAUUUGGCAUUUAUGACAAGCUGAACAUGUCUGAAAGCCAAUACUUUAAAUGAAAUUUGCAAUGUUAUUGGUGGCAAUUUCUAGUUUAAGCUUCUAUUUGCCAAUUAACAUUUGCCCCAGGGCAGCAUUACAUUCCUACCGUCUGUUGUUCCCAUCUCAUUUUCUCGUUUCUUUCCUUUCCCUAUUCCCACUUGUGUGUUGCUGCCCCUCCAUCUUGCACUGAAGGGUACCACUCGGAGAUGCCCAAUUUUUCAUGAGUUGAAGAUGACGCCGGAUCUUUGUUGUUUAUGCAAAGCUGCAGCUUCAAGCAGUGCUUGUCGAUGCAAAAGACAAGCUAGUGAAGAGACCUGCCUUGUGAUAAAGGCAACAAGCUUGUGAACAAUGUUUUUUUUUUUUUUUUUUUGUAUAUGGAAAGAUGAGGACAAAAGUACUAUAUUGAGAUGAAGCGCUAAGGGAAAACAAGUUGACCCUGAAGAAAAAAAGUAUCUUGGCAAUAAAAGAUGGGACUAUAACUUGUCAA